UGGCAACGCGGUCUCGCGUCCCUCCAUGGCACAGCCGCAGCCCGCCGAGGGCCCCGCGCCCCGCAGCGGCCCUUGGGUGAGCAGCACGCUGCCCCAACGCUUCCUGCAGCUCUCCGGCUUCCGCGGAUACGGGCAGCCGGAGCCGCACCCUCUGUACCGGACGACAAACCAGGAGUACGGCCGCAGAGCGCCCACUGCGUACGAAGUGCCGAGCUCCUACCACGUCACCUCACACGCCUUCUCAGACAAUCUGGGACCGCGUGGUAUGUACCGGAACGACGGGCUCAACACCGCCCUGGAGAAGAGCCGUGUCACCGGCCCUGCCAACUUCAUCACCCCCUACGACACCCUCGACUUCCACCCCAGCUACAAAGUCAACGGGCCCUCGCAUUGCUGAAGCAGAAUGAAACCAUUUCAGUUUAUUGCCGGCUGUUUAGUUAAAAAAAUCACUCCCUCCCCAUCUAAAAAGUCAGGGAAACGACAGCACCGACCUUACCCCAAACCCGCUGCUAAACCUCGUUGUGAAGCACCACGUUCCUCUGGUUCGGUUACAGCCAUGGCUGCUGCCCACAGGCUGCAGGUUAUCUCUCCUGAAUGCAGUGGGUUGUCGUGGGAUGUGAGCAGGAGAUUCAGCCUGUAGGCCAGCUGUGGCCUUGUGGGUGUCCUAAAUUUGCAGAGCUGUUUCAAAGCUGUUGUCUUAAUAAAGAAACAUAUGCAGGAGCCCACAACA